AUGACUUCACGUCGCCAAAGUAGCCAUGACGAGCGCGAUGGUCGCAAGCGCUCGCAUUCACCUCGUCGCAACCCGCGAGAUGACACCGUGAAGCGACGGCGGUCAAGGUCACCCAGGCACGAAUCGCAUCGCCAUCGCCGCGAGCGUGACGUCGAGCCCGAACAAAGACCAUUGCCAUACAACAGGAAGCCGAUUGACAAGCGUGAUUUCAAACAAUUCGAAGCUCUAUUUGCGAGCUAUCUGGAUGUGCAAAAACAGCUAGACAUCGACGAGGUGUCCGCCGACGAGGUCAGGGGUAGAUUCAAGAGUUUCCUUGGCAAGUGGAACCGCCGAGAGCUCUCAGACGGGUGGUAUGAUCCUGAUGUACAGGUGAGAGCUCAAGAGAGCCGGCGAGCGCAAGGCGUUGCCGUGCCAAGUAUGCAAGACCUCCAGAACCGACGCGAGCUGGAAAGAGAGGAUCGGGAAAACUUUGCAGCGGACAUGAAAUACGAGCGGAAGCAGGACCGUAAACUACAGAAAGAGUGUAUUGAAGAGCUUGCGCCUCGCGCUGCGCCUGGCACGCGCGAAAGACAGCUGGAGAAGAAGCGCGAGAAGAGCGCGGUGACGCGGGAAUUCGCAGAUGCGAAGGCGCCGGGCGGCGUGGAAGAGGUCAACGAUGCCGACUUGUUGGGUGACGAUGGCGGGGACUCCUACAAGGCGCAGUUGAAGGUCCAGUCGAAGCGUAAGAACGAACGUGAGAUUCGAAAGGAGGAGAUCUUGCGUGCGAGGGCAGCCGAGCGGGAGGAGAGAUUGUCCGAACAUCGGCAGAAAGAGGCAAAGACUAUGGAGAUGCUGCGAGGUCUGGCCAAGCAGAGAUAUGGAUGA